UCGGACAUGCCGCUGUCCUAUCUACAUAAUACUUUUUUUAAUUAGAUGGAGCAAACCUCAUGUCUCAACCCCAUCUCUUCAUGGUCUCCUCAGCCUGAGGAAACAUUUAAAAUCUGGAAUCAUUGUGUUGGAAUUGCAGGCUAGCAAUAUGAUUAAGAUCAGCAGUUCUAUUGCUGAUGUUCUUGUGACACAAGGAGACCUUACCAGGGACACAGCUAAUAGGCUGGUCAACCUAUACUGUCUUAAACACAGACAUCAGUUUGAAGGACCAAGAAAGAUUGAUACUGGGCUUACAACUGUUAUUAAGGACCUGCUGACUCAGAAGCUAGACAAGGGGAGCACAGCGACGAGCAGGGUCGCCAGCCCAGAAACCAGGAGUAGACGGGGCAGUGUAGCACCUUACCGAGAUAUACAGGAUACAGAGAGUUUACAGGUUGAAGAGUUAAGUAAAGAUGAUUCCAACGGAAAGGUUAAUCAACCAUUUCUAAAGAAGCUGCCAGCAGAUGCAGAAGCAGCAGUUUUAUUGGUUGGCAGAGUAGCUUUUCUGGAUAAACCGAUCAGCGUCUUUAUCCGACUAGCUGCUCCUGUUGUACUCGGGGAUCUCCCAGAGGUUGAUAUUCCGACCAGGUACCUGUAUAUGCUGGUGGGACCCACUAAGGAUGGAGAGAAAGAAAUGAGCGAGAUCGGACGAGGAUUGGGAAGCGCUUUUUCAGACAGAGCGUUUGCCCAGAAUCUGUCUGAAUCUGAUUCAUCAACUGAUAUUGUUUCCGCUCUAGAUGAUUAUAUUGAUUCUAUUAAAACUUUACCCAGGGACUGGAAACCAAACCACUACAUUGAUCCUCCCGAGGGUGAGAAUGAGAAGGAAAAAGAACUCUUGGAAGAUGAAGAAGAUGUUAUUGAUGACGAUCGGAGAAACAGAGAAUCAUCAGGACUCGUUCGAACCGGUCGUCUCUUCGGCGGACUACUUAACGAUAUUAAACGGAAAUAUCCUCAUUAUUGGUCAGAUUUCAAGGACGGUUUUCAUCCACAAUGCAUCUCGUCCUUUCUUUUCCUCUACUUUGCCUGCCUUGCUCCGAUUGUAGCGUUCGGAGCUUUGCUUGGAGAAGCUACGGGGCAAAGGAUUGCAACUAUUGAAGGACUGGUUGCAGGACUUAUCUCCGGAGUCCUGUUCUCCCUGUUUGCCGGUCAACCCUUGAACCUGCUCGGAUCAACGGGUCCAGUUUAUGUAUUUGAAAAGAUCUUGUACAAGAUGUGCACGGAUCAAGAAUGGGAUUAUCUCUCUCUCCGAUUAUGGAUCGGGAUCUGGGUUGCGAUUAUGCUAUUGCUCCUGGUCGCGUUUGACGCGAGUGCGUAUGUUUGCUACAUCACGCGAUUCACCGAGGAGCUAUUUGCAACACUGGUCGCGUUUAUUUUCAUAAUGAGCGCGUUUCAAAAAACCUACGAGAUCAAGGAAAGUGUUCAUGACCUAGCCUGCAACUGCUUACCUCCUGGGACGAAUAUUACUCACGAAGUAGAGUUCAAUCUCUCCAUGUACAUCCAGGAGCCUGUGUAUAACCUGAGCAAGGAUGAUUGUAUCCGUGAGUAUGGUGUACCACAUGGUCCUGGUUGUGAGCAUGGAACUGAUGUAUUCCUCAUGUCAGUUCUGCUUUUCUUCGGAGCUUUCUUUAUCAGCAUCACGCUCAAGCAGUUUAGAUUUACUGGAUAUUUCCCGAGUUGGGUUCGGAACUUUCUCUCCGACUUCGCAGUUAUAAUUGGUAUCCUAUCCAUGACUGGACUGGACUACUUCUCCGGAGUCCCUACUCCUAAACUCACAGUCCCCAGUGAAUUUAAACCAACCUGGGAGGGUAGAAGCUGGCUGGUGACCCACGCCCUCAUGUUCCCCGACCACCUACUCGCGAACCCCUGGUGGGUAGACGUGUUUCUCGCCCCCGUCUUCGCUAUCCUCGCCACCAUCCUCAUCUUCAUGGAUCAGCAGAUCACAGCGGUUAUUGUCAACAGGAAGGAAUACAAGUUGGUUAAGGGAUGUGGAUAUCAUCUUGAUCUACUAGUUCUAGCUGGUAUCAUUGUAGUAUCCUCCGUGUUCGGCCUUCCUUGGUUCAUUGCUAACACUAUACCAUCCAUCAAUCAUAUGCAGUCAUUGACUAAGGAGAGUGAGACAAAGAUACCUGGAGAAAAGCCCAGGUUCCUCGGUAUCCGGGAGCAAAGAGUAACCAACCUGCUGAUUGCAAUCCUGACUGGAUUAUCUGUAUUCAUGACACCCAUCCUCGCUCUUCUACCCAUGCCGGUCCUAUACGGAGUCUUUCUCUUCAUGGGGGUCAUGUCACUCAGAGGACUGCAACUCUUCGAUAGAAUUCUAUUGUUCCUCAUUCCAGCGAAGUAUCAACCGAACUAUGUUUAUCUCAAAUAUGUUCCACUCUCUAGGGUUCAUCUCUUCACUGUAAUUCAGUUGUUGAGUUUGGCUGGAUUAUGGAUGAUCAAGUCCUACCCCUCCACCUCCAUCGCCUUCCCCGUCAUGCUCGUCGUCAUCUGCGUCAUCAGGAAGUUCGUGGAGUGCGUCUUCUCACAUCAGGAACUGCGAGCUCUGGAUGAUCUUCUCCCUGAGACGGGUCGAGGGAGCAGGAAACUAGGAUACAAAAUCAAUCCCUUCAAGGAGUCCCCUGCAAGUGAGGAUGAGGUUGAAGGAUUAAACAAGGAAACCAACUCGGAAAUUAUGAGAGAUACCGGAGUAAAGCGAAGACAGCUGAACCUAGCCCGAGCAGAACUACUUGAACAAGAACUAGAUGAACUCAUCAACAUCGCCAGAAUUCGGAAGCAGAAAGAGGUGAAAAGUCCGAAAAGUCCACGAGCUGUUGUAAACAAUUCUAAUCCAGACAAAAGGUUACUUUUUUACCUGAAGUUCGAAGAAGACGACAUUUAUACUCCUCUUCAUCUUUCACCGGUCAACAUGGCGACAUUCAAGAAAUGUCUAGCACAAAAGUUCUCCAUUUUGGAAAAUGUUAAGAUGGAACAUAUUCUGAGAAGAAAUGCCAAGGGGUUAAUAUUUCCAUUGGACGACUAUCUUCUGGAUAUACAGGCAGACCAUCAAGUUUUCAUUCUUUCCGUUAAACAAGGUGAAAAUGGCGGAAUUGUUGUGACUCUGUCGGAGCAAAAUUUAGGAUAAAA